UUCUUUCUUCUUCUUGUCUAGAAACUUCACGGAUAAAACUACCAAAAUGAAGGACCAAAUGGAACUUUUUCACAAAAUUAAUCUGCAAAAAUACGCAGGUUUAGAAGUCAAUGAUUUGUAUGUGAUUUACAAGAAACUGCAGAUGCAGCUGGAGCUCAUCCAGGUGCAGGAAGACUACAUCAAAGAGGAGCACCGCAACUUGAAGAAGGAGUUUGUACACGCCCAGGAGGAGGUGAAGCGUAUUAAAGCGGUUCCCCUGGUCAUAGGCCAGUUUCUGGAGCCCAUUGAUCAAAACAAUGCCAUCAUAGCCUCUACCACUGGCUCCAACUACUACGUCCGUGUCCUGUCCACCAUUGACAGGGAGAUGCUCAAGCAGUCGGCAUCGGUGGCCCUGCACAAGCAGAGCAACUGUUUGGUUGAUUUGGUGCCGCCAGAGGCAGACAGCACCAUAUCCAUGCUAUCUGCGGAUGAGAAGCCCGAUGUGAACUACUCGGACAUUGGCGGUCUCGACAUGCAGAAACAGGAGAUUCGCGAGGCGGUUGAGCUGCCACUCACCCAUGCUCAGCUUUAUAAGCAAAUUGGCAUUGAACCUCCUCGUGGCGUUUUGCUUUACGGUCCGCCGGGAUGCGGCAAGACUAUGCUGGCCAAGGCUGUGGCCCACCACACAACCGCCAGCUUUAUACGUGUUGUUGGCUCGGAGUUUGUGCAGAAAUACUUGGGCGAGGGGCCGCGUAUGGUGCGUGACCUAUUCCGCCUGGCAAAGCAGAAUUCGCCGUCAGUUAUCUUUAUUGAUGAAAUCGAUGCCAUAGCCACGAAGCGCUUUGACGCCCAAACUGGCGCAGAUCGCGAGGUUCAGCGCAUUUUGCUGGAGCUGCUCAACCAAAUGGACGGGUUCGAUGAAACAUCCAACAUCAAGGUGAUUAUGGCCACCAAUCGCGCUGACACUCUGGAUCCGGCUCUGCUCCGACCGGGACGCAUGGACCGUAAAAUUGAGUUUCCCUUGCCGGAUCGUCGCCAGAAGCGUUUGGUCUUCACGACCAUAACCGCAAAAAUGAAUCUGGGGGAGGACGUUGAAUUGGAGGACAUGAUAGCACGUCCCGACAAGAUAUCCAAUGCCGACAUUAAUGCCAUUUGCCAGGAGGCGGGCAUGCAUGCCGUUCGUGAGAAUCGCUACGUCGUCAAUGCAAAGGAUUUUGAGAAAGGCUACAAAGCCAGCGUGCGCAAGGAUGAGGCCCAGCAUGAGUUCUACAAUUAAAAAACAAACGUAUUAAUAUUAAAUAUAAAUAUAUA